GCCCGGGGCGGUUCGGCUCCGUUCUAACCCUUUUUCCCGUACAGAUCCCUCGGAUUGGCUUGGCUUCUGCUACUUGUUAAGAAAAAAACAUCUGUCUUUGCAGAUGGCCGGGUGCGUGUCCAGGGUGGAGCUGUCGGUGUCCUGCCGGAGCCUCCUCGACAGGGACCUGGGCUCCCGGUCGGAUCCCCUCUGCGUCUUGCUCCAGGAGGUGGGCGGCGGCCAGUGGGCUGAGCUAGAUCGCACGGAGAGGAUCAAGAACUGCCAAAACCCUGAAUUCUGCAAGAAACUGGUUGUGGACUACUACUUUGAGAAAGUGCAGAAGCUGAAGUUUGGCGUGUAUGAUAUUGAUAACAAGUCCUUUGAUUUAAAUGACGAUGACUACCUCGGAGGGAUUGAGUGCACGCUGGGACAGGUUGUGUCCAGCUCGGUGUUUACCCGACCGCUGGAAUUGAAGCAGGGAAAGCCAGCAGGAAAGGGCACCAUUACGAUUUCAGCAGAGGAGAUUAAAGAUACCAGGGUUGUGUACUUGGAAAUUGAAGCCCGAAACUUGGACAAAAAGGAUUUCUUAGGUAAAUCGGAUCCGUUUUUGGAGUUUUACAAGCAGAGGGAUGCUGGAACGUGGCAGCUGGUGUACAGAUCAGAGGUGAUUAAGAACAACUUAAAUCCAUGCUGGAGGAAGUUCAGUGUUCCUUUGCAGACGUUCUGUGGUGGAGAUUUUAAUAAACCUAUCAAGGUACAGUGUGCAGACCACGACAGUGACGGGUCGCAUGACUUGAUAGGCACUUUUGAAACUAACCUGACUCAGCUGCAGAAAGCAGGUGGCGGCUCUCCGGUGGAAUUUGAAUGCAUUCAUCCUGAGAAAAAACAAAAGAAAAAGAGCUACAAAAACUCUGGCAUUAUUAGGAUAAAAUCCUGCAAGAUUGAGACAGAAUAUUCGUUUUUGGACUACGUCAUGGGAGGCUGCCAGAUUAACUUUACAGUGGGUGUAGACUUCACUGGCUCGAACGGAGAUCCCAAGUCACCAGAUUCUCUUCACUACAUCAGCCCAGACGGGAUAAAUGAGUACCUGAUUGCCAUCUGGAGUGUGGGAAGUGUAGUCCAGGAUUAUGACACGGACAAGCUGUUUCCUGCGUUUGGGUUUGGAGCUCAGGUUCCUCCUAGCUGGCAGGUAUCUCAUGAGUUUGCUUUGAACUUCAACCCCAGUAACCCUUAUUGUCAAGGGAUCCAAGGAAUAGUGGAUGCCUACCGCCACAUCCUGCCUCAGAUCCGACUCUAUGGGCCAACCAAUUUCUCUCCUAUUAUAAACCACGUGGCAAGAUUUGCAGCGCACUCAGCACAACAAAGAACUGCUUCACAAUAUUUUAUCCUGCUGAUCAUCACAGAUGGAGAGAUCACUGAUCUGGACCAAACUAGGCAAGCGAUUGUUAACGCCUCUAAGCUGCCAAUGUCCAUCAUUAUUGUUGGAGUUGGUGAAGCUGAUUUCAAAGCAAUGGAGUUCCUUGACGGAGACAAUGGUGUCCUGAAGUCUGUGACAGGAGAGCCAGCUGCACGAGACAUUGUCCAGUUUGUGCCUUUCCGACAGUUCAAAAAUGCCCCCCGGGAAGCGCUUUCCCAGAUGGUUCUGGCUGAAGUGCCUAAGCAGCUGGUGUCGUACUAUAAAUGGCAGGGAUGGCCGCCCGUGAAACCCCCGGAAAUAAAGAAGACGUAGAUUGCAGCCUGACCCUGAGCACCUGUAUCACUGGGGUGAAGAGAGCUGUCUGCACCCACGCUCUCCCUUGCACGCUGUCGUGCUCAGUGCCUCGAGAUUGUACCAUUCACACUAAUUCUCUUACCUGCUUGUGCUCUGUAUCUUUGAUCGUUCCUGUUCCUAAUCGGAAGAAAUGUAAAUAUGGAAAAAACCACAGCUGCUGGCAGUUUUUGUCACAGGAAAAUAGACCUUGUUGGUUUUCCACCUUGCAACAGUGACACAUCAUACCACGCAUCAUUGCUUGACACGGCCCAUCUGCUGCUUAGUAUUGGAGUGGGCACGUGCACUGAGCUGCUCACGCAGCACUGCUUCAAUGCUGAGUUUGGUAGGAGAAGUAUUGCAGUCGUGUAUGCUCUAAUGAUGCUUACCAUGUGUUCCUUGGUAGGUUUUUUCCCUUCUGUCAAGCUGCCUUGGGAAUGGGGACCCUUCUGUCCUGGUUGGUACCAAAGUCUGGUGGUUGGAUGCCUGAGGUCAUUCCUGUUGUGCCUUCGUAAAGUGCCAGUAUAUUUUUAUAUGUACAGGUUUAUUUUUAAAUUUCAGUGACCAUACUUUGUAAUCUUCUUUUCAGUCACAUUUUUCGAUUAGCAAAAAUUGCUUCUGUGAUGGCCUCUUGCUUGGAGCCAUUGUUGCAAUUUAAGAACACAGCACUUUGCUUAUUUGUGGGGGGAUUAAUGAGGAUUAAUCAUUAAUUAAUCAGGGGUGGGAUUAAUGAGUCACAUUAAUGUGACUUUCAAAAUCCAGCAACUGGAAACAUUGAAAUAAAGAUGCUUUGAGUGAUUUCUUUGUGUCGCAGAAGUUACAAAAUGAAGAAGUAACUAUCUGCACCUCCAAAGAGGUGCCUCUCUGUCCUCAGAAGUGUGAAGUGUGUAUUAUGUGGUCUGGGCCUGUAGAACAGAGAGAUGAUAGCAAAGCACAGUUGUUUUGAGAGACGGGAGUUGAUAGUUCAUUUCAAAAUAGAGAUAAAGAAACUUGGGCUUGUCAUUGCACUGCAGGUGGUCAUCACUUUCAUAAAUAAAUAAUCUGCUUUGACUU